AUGCUACCUCCCGAUGCCCCCGAAUGUCCAGCCUAUCAGUUCGACGCCGCACUUGCCUAUUAUAACCGUUUCCAACUUUUCGAGAAACUUUCCGAUAUCGAUCAUGCACUAAUACUGUUUCAAGCCGUUGUCGAUGCAACACCCAACGAGGAUCAUCGUCUACCAUUUCGAGUGCGAACACAGGGUCUGGCAUGGGACGCACGUUUCGAGCGCACGCAGAACCUUUCGGAUCUAUCACAUUCAAUAUCGUGUCAACGAAGGGUGGUGCAGCUGCACCCCGAGAGUGACGCUGCCUUACCAGGGCUUCUAAACAACCUCGGGGUGGCCCUCAACACACGCUUCGAUGAGAGCGGAGAUUUGGCCGAUUUAUCAGAAGCCAUAUCUUCGUUGCGGAGGGCGCUUGCAUUGACUCCUUCCGGAGACGACAACUUAGCUUCGAUGUUGGGCAAUCUUGGCCUUUUCCUGCAGAAUCAUUUCGAGCAUAUGAGGGACCCUGCAGAUUUAUCAGCAGCGAUAUCGUCAUUCCGAGAGGCCAUUAAAUUGGUCCCAGCAGACGAUGCCAGUGAACGACGAAGAUGGCAGAGCAGUCUUGCAGUCGCAUUGCGACUGCAAUACGAAAAUGGCCGCGACGAUGCUGAUCUAUCAGAUCUAUCGGAAUCUAUCGAAAUCCUCCAGGAAGUGGUCAAGGACCCCUCAACCGGUGACGCUGACUUACCUACACGAUUCGGCAACCUUGGACUAUCGUUACGAUGUCGUUUCGGAAAGGAGGGUUCCAUCACAGAUUUGUCACAAGCGGUGUCUUCGUUCCAAAAUGCCCUUGACUCGACGCCGGAGAACGAUUCAAUUUUACCAUCUCGUUUGAGCAACCUUGGAGAGUCCUUGCGCCAGCUAUUCGACCGUGAAGGGAAACAAGACAAUUUAUCGAAGGCGUUGUCGUUGCAUCGGCGUGCGAUUCAGAUUGCAACACAAAUGCAUCACCCCGAUCUACACAUCUACUUCACAAACUUUGGAGUUGCGCUAAAGAGCGCCUUCGUUCGAAGUGGGGAUCUGUCUGAAUUAUCCGAGGCGGUAUCAUCCUUCCGAAAGGCAAUCACUGCCACCCCACCCAGUCAUCCCGAUGUGUUAUCUGGACUGACCAACCUGGGAGAAACAUUACGAACUCGCUACAAUCGCACUGGUGUUCUCCAAGAUUUGUCAGAGGCAAUAUCUACAUUAGAAGAGGCAACUGCAAAGUCUUCUGAUACCGCUGUCAACUCAGAUGUGGGGGCUUUCUUCAAUAAUCUCGCAGUCGCAUAUCUGGAACGCUUCAAGCUCAUGGGAGAGCCACAGGACCUCUCGAAGGCUAUCUCCUCCCAACAGACAAGCAUAAAAUUGACACCUAAAAACCACCAAUACCUGUCAAUCCAAGUGAACAACCUCGGCCUUCUUUUCCUGCAGCGUUUCGAUAGCAGCAAGAAUGAUAACGAUUUAUCUGAAUCCAUAUCCUCAUUCAAACGUGCGAUAGAACUCAGUCGAAAUUAUCCGGACUUGCCAGGAUGGAUGAACAACCUCGCCUUGACUUACCGACGGCGCUUUGAACACGCUGGAGAUCUGCAAGACUUGAAGGAGGCGAUAGAAUUUCAUUCAAAGGCCAUUAGUCUUACCCCAGCGAAUCAUUCAUCGCUAUCUCGCUGGUACCAUAGCCUUGGAGUUUCAACACAGGCUCUCUUCGCACGUACGAACGACGCUGCGCUAAUUCUGACCACCCUCUCUCAUUAUCGUCGAGCGUCAACUUUCAUCACUGCAGUCCCUUCGGACCGCAUGCGUUCGGCCAAGAAAUGGGCCCAGUUCUCAGCGCAGCAUGAUCAAUCACAAAUGCUCGAGGCGUACGGCGUUGGGAUCGAACUACUCUCCGAAUACGCCAGCAUGAGCAAGACGGUUGAAAGUCGUCAUGCGAGUCUCGCCAAUGUUGCCGACCUAGCGUCGGCCGCAGCAGCAGCAGCUAUAUCAAAAGGACAAGAUGAUUUGGCGCUUGAGUGGCUAGAGCAUGGCCGUUGCGUCGUAUGGACGCAGCUCAAUCAGCUGCGCACACCGUUAGACGUUCUGGGCGCUAAACAUCCGGAGAUUGCCGAGCGGUUUCGACGCGCAUCUGUUGCUCUGGACCAGGCGGGGUCAAGGGAGAUCGAUCCCACCUCGAUAUCAAAGAGCAUGGAGAAGAAGAUCUCGCUCGAGGAGGAGGCAAUUAACCACAUGAAGCGUGCCUCUGAGUACAAUUCUCUGCUCGAAGAAAUCCGUCAUCUGCCAGGGUUUUCCGAUUUCCUUCGCCCUCGUAAAGCCUCCGAAAUAUUUUCAAGGUUGCCAAAGAACGGUGUGAUGGUUCUCAUCAAUGUCUGCGAGGAGAAAUGCCAUGCUAUGAUACUUUUUCACCAACCUGAAAUCCGUCUCGUAACAAUUCCCCUUGAGCGCACGGGCUGGAAGUGGGCAGUAGACUUGCGCUCCCGCUUGAUGGCAUGCCUGUCAUCCAGAAGUGUGAUGCGAGACUCGGGGGUAGAUAGAGCCGGGCAUCCGAUGAGAACAACACCUCAAAAAAUUCGUGCCAUUCUCCGAACACUUUGGGUAGAUCUUGUGGGGCCCAUCCUCGAUGCAGUUAUUGGCUGUCAUACACCGAAGAAGAAUCUUCUCCGUAUCUGGUGGUGUGCGACUGGCCCCCUGGCUUUCCUUCCGCUUCAUGCAGCCGGCAUCUACGAGGAAGGCGGAACCUCUGUUUCUGACUACGCCGUGUCGUCUUAUGUGCCGAAUAUCAGCACCCUCGCUGAAAAAAGCAAGGCAAUAGACGCAACUCCUAGCAUUUUGCUUGUUAGUCAAUCGACGGCAGAACACAUGGCCCAUAUCCCCGGAGCCGAUUCAGAAACCAAGAUCAUAUUCGACCUGGCACGGAAACGGGACCUUGAAGCAUUUCGCCUUUCAGGCAAAGACGCCACAGUCAGUGAAGUGCAGGACAAGAUGCCGAUGUAUUGUUGGAUUCACCUUGCCUGCCAUGCCACACAAUAUCCUCUACGGCCACUCAAGAGCGCAUUCCACCUCCUCGACGGAGAACUAGAUAUUUCGGAGAUCAUCAAGUUGAAAAUUCCAGGCGCCGAUUUUGCUUUCCUGUCUGCCUGUCAGACAAGCACAGGAGAUCAAGAACUUUCUAAUGAAGCCGUACACCUUGCUGCUGGAAUGCUUGCUGCAGGAUAUCGGAGUGUCGUAUCAACAAUGUGGUCCAUCCAGGACUCUUAUGGACCUGAGGUGGCAGAAUCAUUCUAUUCACAUUUUUUAGAAGGAGCGGGGGAAGAUGGGAAGCCGUGGCCCAAUGGGACGGGUGCUGCAUAUGCCUUGCAUCAUGCCGUUCAAUGUCUUCGACGGAGACUUGGAGACACAGACCUAUCCCUGUUGACAUGGGUUCCGUACGUUCACUUUGGAGUGUAA